ACAAACUCUACAUAACACAGAUCGGUGUUGGUGUUUGUUCCUUCCGAAUUUUAGAUUUCCGUUUGUCAUCUGCUGCUGCUUUCAGUUUAUCUACUCUUGUCAGUUUCAACUUCACUACAGGAAUUUGGCAUCUGCCUAGAAGUCUCCUUCAAUAAAAGGAGCCAAUGGAAGAUGCAGUGAUAAUGAACCAGGAAGAGGAAUUCAACAUUGGACCACUAUCUGUGCUCUACAUGAGUGUUAGAAAUAAUACACAGGUACUGAUAAAUUGUCGGAACAACAAAAAGCUUCUAGGUCGUGUCAUGGCUUUCGAUAGGCACUGCAAUAUGGUUCUUGAAAAUGUUAGGGAAAUGUGGACCGAGGUUCCAAAGACUGGUAAAGGAAAGAAAAAGGCUCAGCCAGUAAACAAAGAUAGAUUCAUAAGCAAAAUGUUUCUUCGUGGAGAUUCUGUCAUCAUUGUUCUUAGGAACCCCAAAUAAACUACUAUCUCCAUCAUUCUUUCAUAGUAAUUGGCUCUUGUUUUUGCCUUUGUUAUCAUGCAUUCUUGUUCUUGAUAAUUAAAGCCUUCAAAUUAUAUUGUUAUGUGGAGAACAUGAUUAAAUGAUUUGUGGAUCUCUUUUUCAAUUAUGCAUGUAUUGACAUGUACAUUUAAGGAAUGUAUGUAUGGAAUAGUUCUAAUUCUGUGAAGAGUAUGCGUUGCUUUUUUAUCCAA